CUGUUACAAAUCGACCCUGGAGCACUGCUUCGAAUACACAUCAAAUUACUUUUAACAGCCAUAUGAACCAGUUAGAAUAAAAAGCCUUUAUAUACAUUACCAUGUGAACUGAGGGAAAACAGAGAGGAGGAAGGAGGAGUAACAGACUGACUCAUGCUUUGGCCAGCACAAUUAUGGUCCACUGGGGAUUGUGUGUGUUUAAAGGAAGGAAGGAAACAUCACAUUGAAGGGAGUACUCCAAGCUGAAGCUGCAGUAAAAGUUUGGAUUUGAUCAGCAGUUGAACGAUCCUGAACAUGUCUCAACUACAGGAGGAGGGAGAAGAGGGCAAGAUAAAGAGGCCAGAGGUGAGGAAUGAGGACCUGAUUGAGGCGAGGGAUAAACUAGCGUCCGGGACGCCGGUGAAGAGCAAGACGUUUGAAGUGAUGGAGGAAUGUGAACGCGCAGGGAAAGUUGCUCCAUCCGUGUUCAGUAAUGUUCGAUCAGGAGGAGAGACCGUCUUCAACAAACCCAAGAAAAAGUAACAUGGGAAAUUAUUCCGAUUUACAUUUUUUUCAAAAUGUGUAUUAAUAAAAUACUGUUGAAAUAAAAGUAGUGUUCAAUAAAAAUGGCCCUAACAAGUUA